CCCAACUCUAUCAAGCUCUUCCGAUUGCUAUCACUUCCCAAUCCAAUAAGAAUCCCAUUCCCGAAUCAUGGACUCUCCACACCAUGAUUAUACCGCUUCUCCCACUAAGAGGCGCAAACCAAAUCCGUCGCGAGAGAUCGGCGUCAUGAGGAAACCCUCUGUCGAGAAUGGCUCCGCCACAUUCCUAGGCAGCUCAAGCGGCAUCCAUUUCACCCGCAUAGUCUACAACGCUUUUGCCCGUCGUUCGGCACACUUGAGCCAGUCGCAAAAAGCGCAAGAGAAUCUAGUUCCCGGCGAAGAUGACCAAUUGCUCCAGAGCCCAGGCUAUGAGGCGCAGGCUGUUAGGAAUGAGCUGUGGGCACCGCAUGAGCUGGAUCACCGAUCUCGGAUGGGGUCGUUUGAACAGCUGGCUCAAUGGACGCGAAGCUACUUUGAGUGCUGGCAUCCGAUAUUUCCGUUCCUUUCUGGUCCGGGAUUCCUGGAGCUGUUGGAACGGAUUAGCCGGGGCGGGUUGGACGGCGUCAAGACUACGGAUGCCAUUCUCAUUCGAUCCAUUGUGUCAAUUUCUCUCUUGGAUGGUCGUCAAGCGAAUUCUGCGAGGAGAAUUCCUGUGCCCGCAAAGCUGGUCUUUCGCACAGUAGGUCAGGCAAUGGAAAGUUUGCAUACGCUCUUCUGUGACCCGCCCACGAUAAAUAUCCUACAGGCGGCUUUCAGCGUCGCAUUGUUCCUCGCGUCGCUGCUGCGACUGAAUGCUGCAUCGCGAAUUGGGGGAGUUAUCACCCGCACCGCGUUCCACCUUGGACUACAUCGAUGCCCGUCGCGGUUCCCCUGCUUCAGUCCAGAAGAAGCUGCACUUCGACAGCGGCUGUUCUGGUCGAUCUACUGCCUAGAAAGGUAUCUAUCUCAAUCCCUGGGUAUCCCACUCAGUAUCCGAGACGACGACAUCGACGUGUGCUACCCAGGGAUAGAAAGACACGGUCAAGGGACACACGAUCCAAACCUCCGCUUGCUCACUCAUCUCGCCAAAUUUGCCCGCGUCAGGGGUCUCGUCGUCGAACUCCGCAAUAAAUCCAUCCUACAUAGCCAAGAAACCUCGAACAGCGCAACCCAAGUAAACGGGGAGCUCGCCCACUGGUGGAACGAAGUCUACGACGAUGUUUACCCAGUGGAAGAGGGACCCGGGGUAUCGCCCCUUCAUCGUCUGCUACUGACUGUCUUCCGUCAUGAAUCUAUCAUCUCCAUGAACAGACCACUUCUGGCGGCUGAGCAAUCAUCGCCGGAGUAUAAAACCGCGCUACAGAUAUGUAUCGAGUCAUCCAGGUCGCUGAUUACUGCUCUCAGAGGUUACGUGCUGCCCAACGGUCAGGGAACGGUGCCGCUGGUGUGGCCAUCAUUCACAUGGGCCGUCUGGAUGAGCUGUUUGAUCCUGGUAUACGCAGCAUGGGAAGGGGGAUUUCCCGCGUUAUCCGCCUCACGAUACGCUAAAACAGGCCUCUCUAUCCUCCAAAACCUAUCCUUGAGAGGAAGCACCUGGCCCCAGACUUGCAUCGAGGCCAUUCGUGAUCUAGAAUCUGCAUUAUCCAACCCACUCCCAACACCUCCAACCCCAGACCGACCAACCAGUCCAGGUCCUGUAGACGACAAAGCCCCGGACUACCCCACUAACAUCCCCGAAGACCCCAGACCAGCUCCACAGUACAAUUCUUCAGUAGUCUUUGGAGACUCGUCGAUCAAAAAUUUCCCCUUGACUUACCCCUUCCUGGAUACCGGAGAUUUCGAGUCCGGGUGGAACGACCUCUGGACGGUGGCGGAUGGGCCCUGGUUAAUUGAGAACUUCGACCAAAGCCCUGGAUUUCACAUUUAGCCACGUCAUAACUUGUACGCGACAGGGACGCAAAGUUUUGAUUGAAACCAAUACCGAAAGUCAUUCCUCCCCCCCGACUUUCCCCAUUUACUCCGGAGUACUUCGUAUGAGGGGAGAAAAGAAAACUCCGGAUAAAUGGCAAAAUAGACGAGGCGUGAGUGGUGAGGCGGAC